GUGGGGAGAUAAUCACAGAGGUUGUUGUUUAGCGAAAGGAAUCGCAGAAGUAACUCUUAGCGAGUCACUCCCAAGUGCUUCGUGGCGACUCAGGUCCGAGUUUUCUUGCAAUUGUAAAAUGGAAAGCCGCUCACGCGCCGCUCUACUCUUAUCUGCUGCCGUUCUAUGGCUUGUCUCGCUGCCAGGCAAAUCCAACGCCACAAGUUGCUCCGACCUGCCCUGCAGCUUUGGCACCUGCAAGGAUGGCUUUUUCCCGGGAACGUACACCUGCACCUGCUUCGCGACGUUCUACGGAGACAAUUGUCAGUAUAGCACAGCAUUGGACGCCUGCUCUAAUCAGCCAUGUAACAACGGUGGAACAUGUUCUACGUCAGGUGGCAGUAGCACAUACAGCUGCUCCUGCACUAGCUCCUACUAUGGUUCUCAGUGCCAGUAUGGUUACUUGACCGCGACUUGCUCUUCCAGUUACUGCAAUUUGAACGGCGACUGCAGUUAUAACUCGCUGGGGCUGAAGACCUGUUCUUGUGAUUCCGGCUAUACUGGUGCAUUCUGUGCCAGCCAAAAUAUCGACUCGGCCAUUAGCGCUGUGACCAGUCUGAGCAGCACCUCGAUUGCCUUCAUCAUCCUCGGCGUGGUCGUCGCAUUCGUCAUCGUCGGCGGCUUGAUCGGGCGUUCCGCUAGGAGACGACGGCUGUAUUUGAAUCGUAACCAGCCCCUACUGUCGUCGGUGAGCCAGGUGGGUGGCGGCACAACGACAACAACAACAGCGACGUCCGGCCAGUGUCAAAUGGUGGCAGUAUCUCAGAACAGGGGGCCUGGUCGCUCCGGCAACGCGACAUCCACGGUAGUGCUGGCCUCAAGUCCUGCACCUACUGUCGCCCACACAGUAGCAGCACCGAACGCUCCCAAUAUUCCGCCUCAAACCAAAUAUGCAGAGUAUAACGCUGGUAAUAUGCCGCAAGCUCCAUACAGCGCUGGUUCUGCAAUGCCACAGCCAGCACACAACCCUCAUGACGCUGGCACCAAAGUGCCACAGCCGGAAUACCACCCCGCAAUGCCGCAGCCGCCAUACCCCCCUCAUGACGCUGGCAUGGCAAAGCCACCACAGCCAGCGUUCAACCCUCAUCACAGUGGCAAUGCAAUGCCACCACAGCAAGGGUACAAUCCUCCCGGCUAUGUACCUGGGUAUUCGCCGGCAUACGCAACCGGCGCUUCCGGCACACCCCAGGCCGGAGUGGAUGUUUCCUCCGCUGAUCAAGUAGCUGGCAUGCCACCACCACCAGCUUAUGGCGACACCGUUCCACCCUAUCCAGUUGCGUGAAAUAAGCACUUUGUCACAGAGUAAUCGUUACUGCAUCCGAUUCAAGGAGAAUAUUUUGUGGAGGCAGGUUAGAAAUAUAUGUAUGUAUAUGGGUCUCUCAGGAUCUCUCCGGUGACAGUCAUGUUUAUGAGAUAUUUUGAAUAAUUUUCUUCCCCCUUAUUCUUGACUGUUCCAAGAAGUAUAUUCUUUGCUUGCCAAUGUCACUAUAAUGUGUACACAUGUGCAUGACCUGCUGCGCGAGCUGUUAUAAUUAUUUCUCUUGCAUCUGCCAAUUUACAAAAAAAAUAAUGUUCUUUCUAUGGCCGAGCGUGCAUCGUGUAUUGGUCUGCAUCCUUUUAACCAGCGAUAUCACACGUUAUACAUCACAAUGAAUACCGCGGCGAAGAAAGAACUCUUCUCUGA